CUCGGCACGGUCGGCACUGAGCGCGGCCGCCAUCUUGGCAGACAGAAGGAGCCUGCUGUCGCCGUCAGCCGCCGACGUAACGCCGUCCAGCUGAGCCCGUUGAAGCUAAGCGCGAGCUGUCUGGCUCCGCUGCUGGUGGAACGCGGAGAAAAAUUGUGGCGGGCUAUCGUUCGCUCCGUUAACGCGAACGGAGAAAACCGGCCCGAGGAAGUGGUGGCGGCGGACGAGGAGAGGCGGAGGAGGUAGAGGAGUAGGAGCAGCAGGAGGAGGACGAGAGUGAACGAGGAAAGGUGCCGGAGGACCGGAAAAGCAGCGCGCGACGGGCCGAGUAUAAUAUCGGGGUGAGCGGGACGUCGCGGACGCCUCGCGCGGUAAGCGCCUGGUCUAUCACUCUGUCGUGUCGUGUCGUGUCGUGUCGUGUGUCGUGGCCGUGAUCGUGAUCGUGAUCGUGUCGUGGUGUCGUGCACGGUGAAGUUAGCCCGGAGUGCUCCCGAACCCCCAUAGUCUCGCUCCCGUCCGCGUCGCGUCAAGGACGGCCAACUUCACCUCGUUUCUCGCGACCGUUUCUCGAGGAAAUCCCCCCGUUCCACCGUCGUCCUCGUCCCCGUUUUCGUCCUUGGAGCCAUCGUAGUCGCGCGCGAUCCUUUCGUCGUUCGUUACCGGUGUAACGAGGGUGGUAAGACUAGCCAGGGCGGAGAAUCGUUGAGGGAGGAUACGCGGAUCUUCGCCGCAAACGUCAACUGCUGCUGACUUCUGCUACCACUGCUCUGUGACAGCGGGACAGUAUGGCGGGACAGACGAUCAACGACAGGCUGUUGGCCGCGAGGCACAGUAUCGCCGGCCAGGGCCUCGCAAAGUCCGUCUGCAAGGCCACCACGGAGGAGAUGAUCGGCCCCAAGAAGAAACAUCUCGAUUAUUUAAUUCAUUGCACCAAUGAACCGAAUGUCUCCAUACCGCAGCUCGCUAAUCUUCUGAUAGAACGCUCACAGAAUACAAACUGGACGGUAGUCUUUAAGGCCCUGAUCACCGUGCAUCACAUGAUGUGCUAUGGCAACGAGAGGUUCACGCAGUAUCUCGCGUCCAGCAACAGCACGUUUCAACUCAACAAUUUCCUCGACAAGAGCGGCGUACAAGCAGGAAUACGCGUGGGAUAUGACAUGUCGCCCUUCAUCAGGCGCUACGCCAAAUAUCUCAACGAGAAAGCUCUCUCCUACAGGACGGUAGCGUUCGACUUUUGCAAAGUGAAAAGAGGGUACAGAAUUAACCUUCGUUGCGUAAUUGACAUUUCCGAGAAACUUCUGAAAACUUUGCCGGUACUGCAGUCGCAACUUGACGCACUGCUGGAAUUUGAUUGCACGGCUAACGACCUUACGAAUGGCGUCAUAAACAUGGCCUUCAUGCUCCUCUUUCGAGAUCUUAUCCGAUUAUUCGCCUGCUAUAAUGAUGGCAUCAUUAAUUUGUUAGAGAAAUAUUUCGACAUGAACAAGAAACAAUGUCGGGAUGCUUUAGAUCUUUACAAGAAGUUCCUUAUACGCAUGGACAGGGUCGGGGAAUUUCUGAAAGUUGCGGAAAAUGUUGGUAUCGAUAAAGGAGACAUACCAGAUCUGACAAAGGCACCGAGUAGUUUAUUGGAUGCCUUAGAACAACAUCUCGCUUCCUUGGAAGGAAAGAAGGGCUCCGCUGCGAACACGCCAACGCAGUCAGCAAGUAACGCGUUCGGAACAGCAGCCAGCAAUGCGCGGCUCGAGCAAACUGGGAACGGCCAUAUCGACGAGGCGUUGCGACAGCAAGCUCUCGCGGAAGAGGAAGCCGCCAUGAAUCAAUACAAGGCAAAAGUACAAUCGCCGUCAAGUACUAGCACGAAUCCCUUCCUCAGUUCGCCGACCAAUAAUGCUAAUCAACCGAUUGUGGACUUGUUCGGUGCAACAGCCGAGAGCCAGUCAUCCCAAAAGGCAUCGGAUGAUCUACUGCAAUUGGCGGGCAAUCCGUUCGCGAACAUGUUCGGAGCGCAACCAGCUACAGGAACGACGCAACCUGCCGCUCAGAUGCAGAACAACAUGUGGAUGACCAACGGUACUGGUUUCGCGCCAACUGCGCCACCAGCAAAUAAUAACUUUGUUACAGAUAAUAGUUUUUCCUCCGUAUUCGGAAACCAAGAUCAACAAUCCACGGGGCAACCGGUCGGUGCAGCCAAUACCGGCAAAGUCCUUACCGGAGAUUUGGACAGCAGCUUAGCUAGCCUUGCGCAAAACUUGACCAUCAAUAAGAGCGCACAACAGCAAGUCAAAGGAAUGCAAUGGAACUCCCCGAAGAAUGCCGCGAAAACGGGCGGUCCAGCCGGCGGAUGGUCACCGCAGCCAAUGGCAGCUACUACUGGUGCUGGAUAUCGGCCCAUGGGCCAAGGAAUGACGCAACUGCUAUCAACGACCACCACGACUAUAGGUUUCCCCUCACAGCCUGCAAUGAUGGGUAUGCAAGGUAUGCCGAUGGGCAUGCAGGGUAUGCAGGGUAUGAGGCCGAUGAUGUGUACUAUCCCAGGUGCUUCCGCCGCCGGUGGCGGUAUGAUGGUUGCGGGAGGAGCUGCGCCCAUGAUGGCCAUGCCCGGCGCGAAUCCUAUGAUGGCCGGUCCUAAUUUGCAGCAACAACAACCUCAACCUGCUGCAGCAGCUCAGCCACAAGGCAAUGCUGUCCAACUUGAUCCUUUUGGUGCUCUGUGAAGGGAUUAGGAUUCCAAAUGGAAUUAAGAAGAACGAAGCAACAUUUUGUAAAUACCGUGUAAUAUGCCUAGAAAGAAAGAAACAAAGCUAAUGUGUCUCGCUUUUUUCUGUUAGGCCCAAUCAAUCUUGAAUCAUUGAUUGUCACUCGAAUCGUCUCACUAUAAAUAGGAGUCGGUAAAUUGUAUCAUACUUCCUGUAAUAUGCUCGCCGAGUAUGCAACACGUGUUAUUCCGAUAUAGCGUCGUUCCCGAGCAUUAGCAAAAGUUAAAUGUUAUUUAAGUGAAUAUCUGUCUACUUUUUUAUGCAAAAAAAAGAAGACAAAUUGAGUCUGAAUUGCGCGUAGACAGGGCGCUUUUCUCCGCCUUGAAGUCCCGUAGCCGGGCAUAAUUAUGUAGCUUAGAUGAGAGUUGUUCGGAACGCGAAUUGCGUUUAGAAUGACACGAACGUGCGUUGAAUUUUCCUGGUGAGGAUUAACUGUGAUAGUACUGCGCCGUGUGCCGCGCUGAACAGUUUUUCUUCGUUGACACGUCGAGUAAGCCUAUUGUCGAAGUGAUGCAUUUUCUAAGUUCGAUGAAAGAUUUCCGUAAUUACGUAGCGAUAUUUAGGUACGACUUAGUUUUUACAUUGGAGGAGAGAUUGUAUAUCCAAUAGAGAGAUCGGUAAGAGCGCAUUAUCGAAUACGGUGAAAAUACUUGGUUCGUUAUGGUUCUAAACGUAUUCGCGUUAGAUUAUAUACACGUAGCUGACGAUUGCACAUACCAAUGUCCGCGUUAAACGUUAAAGAAGGCGUAAGACCGAAAAAAAAUCGAAAUAAAAAUCGCAUCGGGCAUAUCCUCUUUUAUUGUAAUAUAAUAUAUAUAUAUAUAUUGUUCUGUGAAUGUACGGAUAUGUAAUUUCGGGAUGAUGCGAGGAAGAGAGAGAAAGACAGUUUCGAGGAAAUUCUUUCAUCGAAGUAUUAAAUAUUAAAUACGAUAAAGAUAUACGAUAAA